AUGGACAGUGACAGCGCUUCAACCCUGGCAUUUGUGUUCGAUGUUACUGGCUCAAUGUAUGACGACCUCAAACAGGUGAUAGAUGGUGCCUCUCGGAUCCUGGAAAAGACCCUCAACCGGAGGACAAGACCCAUCAAAAACUUUGUCCUCGUGCCAUUUCAUGACCCAGACAUUGGCCCUGUGUCCAUCACCACUGACCCAAAGAAGUUCCAGCAGGAUCUGCAGGAGCUGUUUGUCCAAGGAGGUGGAGACUGUCCAGAGAUGAGUAUAGGAGCCAUAAAGAAGGCCCUGGAGGUGUCCCUUCCAGGCUCCUUUAUCUACGUGUUCACAGACGCCAGAGCCAAAGACUACCGCCUCAAACGGGACGUACUGCAGCUGGUGCAGCUCCGACAGUCACAGGUUGUGUUUGUGCUGACUGGGGACUGUGGAGACCGCUCUCAGCCUGGGUAUAGAGCCUAUGAGGAGAUCGCUGCCACAAGUUCUGGACAGAUCUUCCACCUGGACAAGCAGCAGGUCAAUGAGGUCUUGAAGUGGGUGGAGGAGACAGUGCAGGCCCUGAAGGUUCACCUGCUCUCCUCCAAUCAUGACAGCGCUCAGGAGAACCACUGGGAGGUGCCCUUUGACCCCAGCCUGAAGGAGGUCACUGUGUCACUUAGUGGGCCAGCCCCUCAGAUCGAGCUCAGGGAUCCCCUUGGUCACACUGUUAGAGUGGAGCAGGGCCUCACAGAGCUGCUGAAUAUCCCAAACUCUGCCCGUGUUGUCAACCUGAAGUUCCCCCGACCUGGAGCCUGGACUCUGAAGGUGGGCUGCGGUGGCCGCCACACUCUGAGAGUUACAGGGGUCAGCAAUCUGGACUUCCGGGCUGGGUUCUCCAGUAUACCAGUGUCUGAGUUCAACCAUACCAGGGAGAGACCCAUCAAAGGAGUUCCAGCCCAUGUGCUGCUGAAAUGUACAGGACUGAAGCACCCAGGUCAGCUGACUCACAUGGAGUUAGUUUCAGGUUCAGGACGCUCCCUACGCACCCUCCCCGUGCCUCUGCCCUCUGACAGGGGCAGCCAAGGACUCUGGAGUGUCCCAGAAUUUCGCACUCCUUCCCAAAGCUUCUUCCUCAAGGUGACAGGGAAGGAUGAGGAAGGAUACCGCUUCCAGAGGUUGUCCAGUGUCUCCUAUACAAACAUCAUCCCAUAUCCCCCAGCGGUGAGCAUGCCCAAGGUGGUGAACGGCUUUUAUAUGCAGCCCGCUAUGAUUGGCUGUUCGGUAGAGAGCGACGUUCCCUAUAGGCUGAGGUUCACCAGGAGUGGAGUUGCUAUUGGGGAGGAGAAGUUGUUCCAGUUCUCUGGCAAAGCAUUUUGGGAAAUUCCACAUGCCUCAGGUGAGGAUGAGGGUCCGUACGAGUGCAUCGCUCAGAGCAGCGCAGGACUGGGACGAGCGCUCACACAGCUGACCGUGAGAGAGCCUCCUCCGGUGCUGAAGGCCCCACUGAACGUGAGCUCUACUGUGGGGGCUGUGGCUGUGAUGGCCUGCCAGGUGGAAGGCUCCAUGCGCCACAACCUGACUUGGCAGCGGGCAGGCCUCACUAUCUUGGCCCACUCCGGGAGGGUCAGGGUCCUGCCCAACUCCUUCCUGGAGAUCAAUGAGGUGCAGCCCCAGGAUGCCGGCCAGUACCAAUGUGUGGCCACCAAUGCCAACGGAGACAGCCGAGUCACAGUGUGGCUGCUCGUCCCAGAGGCCCCUUCUGUGGUAGUCAGACCCCAGAGACAAGCAUUCUCCAGGGGGUCUGAGGUCCGCCUCGUCUGCACAGCGUCCGGCUCCCCCGCUCCGCAGCUCUUCUGGAGUCAUGGAAACAUGUUCCUCACUAAUCGGCCAAGGAUGAGUAUAUCCAACCAUGGAGGUCUAACAAUCAGAGAUGCCCUCCCCGAGGAUGCUGGGAACUACACCUGCCUGGCAACCAACGAGGCUGGAACCGCCACUCAGACUGUGUCUCUCAAUUAUGCAGAGGAACCAAGUAUCUGGGUGGUGAAACAGGUUGUGAUGGUGGCAGUUGGAGGUGAUGCGACUCUGGAGUGCCGAGCCACUGGAGUUCCUCUUCCUCUGGUCAAAUGGUCCAAAGGUGAUCUACAGGUGGGCUCGGUUCCUUUUGCUGAGCAGGACGUGCAUCACGGGACGCUGCAGAUCCGAGGGGUGCAGGAGAUGGAUGCUGGGGAGUACAGCUGUGUGGCCAGUAACCCUGCUGGAACCUCGUAUGCUACUGUGUUCCUGGAGGUCGGAGCGGCCCCUCUAUUCUCAGAAACCCCAGUUGACAUGACAGUGGAUGUGGGGGAGAAUGUCACGCUGCCCUGUGUAGCCCGUGGUUUCCCCUUGCCUACAGUUACCUGGCGUCUAAAGGAUGGUAGAGCGAUCAUCUCUGAAGCAUACAGCAGCGGUGGCACGGUGCAACUAGAAACAGGACAUCUCCUGAUCCAGGAUGUCUGGUUGGAUGAUGAAGGCCUGUAUGUCUGUGAGGCCAAGAAUCAGUUCGGAACCAUCAGGACUGAGGCCAGAGUCAGUGUCAGUGGACUGGAGCCCCCUCUUUUGGCACAUGGUGGCCCAGUCAUCACCACUGGGAUUGGUCAGUCCCUGAGCAUACCCUGCAUGCUAUUGGAUGGAAUACCCCUGCCAGAGAGACACUGGACCCACAAUGGAAACCAACUGCAGCUGAGUGGCAGAAAGUUCCUGAGGAGCGAUGGCAGCCUGUACAUAGAGAGGGCACUCCCAGAGGAUGCUGGGAUGUAUGUUUGCACUGCGGUGAACGUAGCCGGGUCGGUCAACACAUCAGUCAGCCUGGAAGUCCAUGUGCCCCCAGAGAUCAGCGCUGGUCCAUACCACUACAUAGCCAACGAGGGUGUGGCCAUCACACUGUCAUGUGAGUCCAGCGGAGUUCCCAAGCCAACUGUUGUCUGGUCCAAGGGAAGGGAGCCCAAGCCCAGAGACAGGUCCUCCCCCCAGUCAGACUCUGAUGGCUUCCUCCAUAUCCUCAACCUCACUGCAGAAGAUGCAGGCAUAUAUAUUUGCACAGCCACCAGUGCAGUGGGCUACACCAGCCGUGAGAUCAAGCUUAGUGUCAACACCAAGCCUAAGAUCGUAGGUGUGAGUGGUGAGGAGAACACGGUGAAACUGGCUGCUGAGGUGGGCUCUGAGGUCAUCCUCCCUUGUGAGGUCCAGGGCAGUCCCUCUCCUCUGGUCACAUGGAGCAGGAACGGCCAGCCAAUCCCUCCAGUCACUGCCUGGUUCACUGUGCUGCCUUCUGGCUCUCUGAAAAUCACCGAUGUCCGACUGAUUGAUAGUAAACUUUACACCUGCUCAGCAGAAAAUCCAGCCGGCAACGUGUCCCUCAACUACAAUUUACACAUACAAGUUAAGCCCAAGAUCCAGGCAGCUCCGUCCCUGCUGAAGGCGCUGAUAGGCCAGACGGUGGUUCUGCCGUGUGUGGUUCAGGGGGAGCCCAGCCCUGAGAUCAGCUGGUUCCACAACGGACGUCCUGUCGGGGCGAGGGACACUGCAGCCCUCAGAAUCCACAGGGCCAGCCUCACUGACCAGGGCACCUACAGCUGUGUGGCCAAGAACACUGCUGGACAGGAUACCAUGGAGGUCAAACUGGAGGUGCUAGAGGCCCCGUCCUUCGCUGAGCCUGGAGAUGCCAUCAUGGAGAAAGUGUCUAACAGCAAGGUCACCAUCCCCUGCCCCGCCAAAGGCUCACCCUUUCCAAAGGUGCGCUGGUUCAAGAACGGUCUUGGGAUAUUCCCUGACCAAUCAGAGUUCUCUGUGGCAGAAGAUGGCUCUCUUGUGAUUGGCUCUGCAUCUGCCAGUCACAGUGGGGACUUCAAGUGUGUGGCCAGCAAUGAUGCAGGCUCUGUUGAGCGGAAGACACGGCUGAAAGUGAAUGUUCCCCCCGAGAUCCAGGAUGAUGGACAGCCCCUGAACCUGACUGUCACCCUGAAGCAGCCCCUCACUCUCGGCUGUGAUGCCUUUGGUAUCCCCUCCCCCACAAUCACCUGGACUAAAGACGGACAUAAUGUGGUGGACUCCCUUGGAGUGUACCUUCAGAAUGGGAAGAGACUUCUGAGAAUCUACCGGGUCCAGGAAGAGCAUGGUGGCCAGUUCACCUGCACAGCUAGUAACACAGCCGGGCAGGCCCGAAGGGACUACAACAUUGUAGUACAAGUAAUCUCGGGGACAUCCAGGGUACAAGACCUGUCAGUGGUUGCAGGACAGGAGGUGGAGUUCCAGUGUCGGGUCGGUGGGCGCCCAGCCCCCAAAGUAGAAUGGAGCCGGGAUGGAGAGGUGCUGUCCAAGGAUGGUGACCCCCAUGUGGAGUUCCAUGAUCAGGGCCAGGUGAUGAAGGUGAAGGCAGUCAGACUAAGGGACCAGGGCUUGUACCAGUGUCUGGCCAGUAACAGUGCUGGGACACAGAUGCGCCAGUUCAGACUCAUAGUGCUAGCUCCCCCCACCAUCAGGGGCCCCAGUGAGACCUCAGAGGUGUCUGUGGUUUUGGGUUUCCCCACCGUUCUGCCUUGUGAUGUAGAAGGUUCUCCCAUGCCCAGUAUCACCUGGCUGAAGGACAACCAGCCCAUCGUGUCCAGUGCCCAGCUCACCUACACCCGGGGUGGGCAGGCGCUGCGGCUGGGGACAGCACAUGGAGACAGUGCUGGUAUCUACACCUGCCGAGCUUCAAACCCUGCAGGCACCACUCUCAAACACUACUCACUCAGUGUGCUUGUUCCACCGCAGCUUGAAGGCAACUCUACAUCUCUGAGUUUCGGCGGCCAAGAUGAGAAAGUGCGUAUCAAUGGCUCAUUAACCCUGUCCUGUCUGGCUAAAGGCUUCCCUGAACCCAAGACCCAGUGGUUCAAAGAUGGACUGUUGUUGACUAGGAACUCCCACACUGGUAUUCGUGAGAGUGGCCAGUUCCUUCACAUAGACAAUGCCAUACUCUCCCAUGAGGGACAAUACACCUGUGUGGUCACCAACACUGCAGGAGAGGACAAGAGAGACUUCCAUGUCACCAUUCAGGUUCCUCCCAUCUUCCAUCGGGUGAGUAACGGUGCAGCAGCCUGGGGUCUAAGAGCAGAGGGCGAAGAAGAGGAGGGGGGGGACAGAGAUGAUGAGAUAACUGAGAAGAGAGAGGUGGUCCUGGGGCAUCCCAUCAGCCUGUCCUGUGAGAGUAACGCCAUCCCCUCGCCCCGUCUCAGCUGGUACAGAGAGGGACACAAGCUCUCCACUGCUGACGGAGUGGUACUGCUGCCAGGUGGGCAGGUGCUCCAGAUCCCUCGGGUCCAGCAGGAGGAUGCUGGAAAAUAUACAUGUCAGGCGGUGAAUGAAGCAGGAGAGGACCGCAUGCACUUUGACCUGGAUGUGCUGGUUCUCCCAGUGAUAACUGGCCAGUUGGAUGAGUUCAUGCAGGAGAUAGGAGCGGUAGUGAACAGUACAGUGGCUCUCCACUGUGACGUGACGGGUCAUCCAGCACCAGCAAUCUCCUGGCUGAGGGACGGCACACCACUGCACUCCGGACAACACCACAGCAUCAGUAAGGACGGGAGACAACUACAGGUCCUCAGUGUGCAGGUAUCAGACAUGGCUGGCUACCUUUGUGUGGCUGAAAACAAGGUUGGAGCAGUGGAAAAGCUCUUCAGUCUAACAGUGCAAGUUCCCCCAAGGAUGGUGGCUGGCAGGGAGGAGGAGGUGAGUGUGAUCCAGGGUCACAUGGUGUCCCUGCUGUGUGAUGUCCAGGCGUACCCUCCUCCAGAGAUCACAUGGACCAGAGAUGGACAGAUCCUCCAGUUCAGCAUGGGAAUCCACAUCCUGCCCGGAGGUCAGAUGCUGCAGCUGCCCCGGGCCAGACUAGAGGAUGCAGGACAGUACGUGUGCACUGCCACCAACUCAGCAGGCCAGGACCAGAAGAGCAUCCUACUCAGUGUUUAUGUCCUGCCCACGCUGAAGCCCCGCCUUGACUCUGAGUCAGAGGUCGUGACCCCUCAGAUGGGCUCGUCUGUCACUCUGCGCUGUGAGGCUCGGGGGAUCCCGGAGCCUGAGGUCACAUGGUACAGGAACGGGCUACAGCUGGCAGCUGGGAAUGGACUGAAGGUGGACCAGCAGACACUGGAGAUCAUGGGAGUGCAGAUGGUUGAUGGUGGAAUCUACACCUGCAAGGUGUCCAAUGUGGCUGGACAGGUGGACAGGACCUUCCGCUUGACUGUCCAUGUUCCCCCUGUCCUGGAUGGGCCUCUUCAUGAGUCUCUCACUCAAAACCUGGGCUCCCAUGUCACCUUGUUGUGUGAAGCUACAGGGGUCCCAGUACCUAGCAUCACCUGGCUGAAGGAUGGCAACCCUAUUGAGAGCAGUCUGCAGUGGCAGUGGUCGGUACGAGGCAACAGACUGGAGCUGGGUCCUCUCACCCUCUCUCACGCUGGGACCUACACCUGUGUGGCCAAGAACAGGGAGGGACAGACUCAGAAGGAUUACACUCUCACAGUGCAAGUGUCGCCCACGAUCCUGGACUCUGACCACUUGUCUGACCUGAGUGCCCCAGUGGGCGAUGAUCUGACUCUUGAGUGCAGAGUGACAGGGACACCUGCACCCCACCUCAGCUGGCUGAAGAACGGCGCCACUCUGGAAGAUUCAGACCCCCAAAAAAUAGACAUAGCCCCUGAUGGGAGCACUCUAACCCUGCUAAGGCUCAGGCCUGAGGACUCUGGGACGUACACCUGUCUGGCUGUCAGCGCUGCUGGCCAGGAGAACAAGAUCUACACCCUCUUUGUACUGGUACCCCCUUCUAUCUCGGGCGAGACUAGCGCCCCCAGAGAGGUGCAGACCACCCAGGAUAGUGUGGUGACACUGGAGUGCCAAGCAGCGGGAAACCCUCCACCUCAGAUCAGCUGGCUGAGAAAUGGACGCUCCCUGCUCCUGUCUCCCCGUACCCGCCUUCUCUCAGCAGACGCUGUACUUAGGAUUUCUCCAGUGCAGCUGGCAGACUCUGGGAUAUAUACGUGUGUGGCACGCAGUCGCGCUGGCCUCGCCGAGCUCAACUUUGACCUACAGGUUCAAGUGCCUCCAGGUGUGGAGCCUGUAGAGUCAGUCACAGUGGUGCGGGGAUCCUUGGUGACACUGACCUGUGAGGCACGGGGUGUCCCUCCUCCCUCCCUGACCUGGCUGAAGGACGGCCAGCCCCUGUCCCUGCACCGUAACCUGCUGUUGGACGGCCAGGAGACGCGGCUGCAGCUGCCUGAUGUGGGGCUCUCUGACAGAGGCCUCUACAGCUGUGUCGCCAGCAACCAGGCUGGCAGCAGCACCAAGAGCUUCAACCUCACUGUGUUGGAGCCUCCAAAGAUCUCCAUCUCCAGUUCUCCAGAAGAAUUGAUGGUAGCUGUGAACACUGCUCUGGAGCUGGAGUGUACUGCCGAGGGCACACCUCCUCCUACCAUCAGCUGGAUCAAGGAUGGGCGCCCCUUACAGGGAGAUAGUGAGAUAGUGCAGGAGGAUGGACACUUUCUUAGGAUUAACCAAGUGCAGGUAGAGGAUGCAGGUCUUUAUACCUGUCUGGCUACCAGCCCAGCGGGCGAGGAUGGAAAGAACCACUGGGUCCGGGUUCAAGUUCCCCCAACUCUUCUUAGCUCUGAUGAUGUCAGAUUGUUGUCAGUCCCAGCCAAAGGACACCUGACUAUGGAGUGCCAGGCUGACCUUGCACCUGACAUAGAAUGGUACAAGGACGACGUGAGACUACAGCUGGGGGGUCGCAUCCAGAGGCUUGCCGGGGGUCAGUACCUGGAGAUCCAGAAUGUUAGGCCUCAGGACAGUGGCCAGUACAGCUGUGUGGUCACCAACAUGGCCGGAAGCACCAGCCUUUUCUUCACUGUGGAGAUCCUCUUGCCACCAGUCAUCAGAGAGAGCAGCUCUGAGGUCACUGCACAUAUCAGGCAGGAUGCAGUCCUGCCCUGUGAAGUAGAGGGGGAAACCUCACCUAGGGUCAUGUGGAGGAAAAAUGGCAUCCCUAUAGAUCCUGACAAUAACAAGUACACCAUGCUGUCUGAAGGCUCUCUGCGAGUAAAGGCUGUUCAGCUGAGUGACGCUGGCCGCUACUACUGCACCGUGUCCAAUCAGGCCGGAUCAGAUCACAGUGGGAUGGACUUACGUGUGUUAGUGGGUCCCUCGAUCAGCCCUGGUCCUUUCAAUGUGACGGUGACCACAGGGGUGAGAGCCGUACUGAGCUGUGAGACCACAGGUAUACCGGCCCCUAAAGUCACCUGGAAGAGGAACGGUACUCCACUAGACCCCAACCAGCAGCCUGGCACAUACAAGUUACUCUCCUCUGGAUCUCUGACAAUUUCCUCUCCAUCCAAUCAGGAUGAGGGAUACUUUGAAUGCACAGCAGCCAAUGAGGUUGGAGAGGAGCGCCAGGUCAUUGAGGUCAUCCUACAAGUCGCUCCAACCAUUGAAGAUGACAUUACAACAGUCACUGCUAUCAAAAUGGCCCCUGUGGUGCUGCCAUGCCAUGCACAGGGCAUCCCAGAGCCCACUGUCAGCUGGACCAAGAGUGGAGCCAAGCUGGGCUCCCGGGGAGGGAGUUACCGGGUCCUGCCCACAGGAGUUCUGGAGAUCACAGCUGCUACCCCCAGUCAUGCAGGGAGGUACACUUGCUCUGCCCGGAACCCUGCAGGAGUGACGCACAAACACAUCACUCUCACAGUGCAAGAGCCCCCGGAGAUCAGGCCUAUGACAGAGGAAGUACAAGUAGUGUUGCAUCAUGGGACGGUUCUGCCUUGCGAGGUGCAGGGUUUCCCUCGACCCUCCAUCACCUGGCAACGAGAGGGUGUUCCCAUAUCAGCUGGUCACAAACUGUCUCUCCUCUCAAACGGAGCUCUGACGUUCUCUCGGGUCACUCUGGGUGAUGCGGGCACCUACCAGUGUCUGGCACAGAAUGAAGCUGGCACAGCAAUAGGAAGGACACGUCUAGUACUGCAAGUCCCGCCCAUGAUUCCUGUUGGUCAGCCGGAGUUGUCCGUCAUCCAGGGCUUCCAGGCCUUGUUGCCCUGUGCGGCUCAGGGUUCACCAGAGCCCAGGGUGUCAUGGAAGAAGGAUGGUAACAUUGUUCCCAGCCUGCCUGGCAAAUUCACCGUGCUGCGAUCAGGAGAGCUGAUCAUUGAGAGGGCAGAGCCAGAUGAUGGUGGUGUGUUCACCUGUGUGGCCACCAACACAGCAGGCGCUGUGAGACAGGACACCCGCCUGUCCGUCAACAUCAGACCCGCCUUCAAGGAGUUACCUGCUGACGUGACCAUGAACAAAGGUCAAAGUCUUAGCUUGUCUUGCCACGCCCAGGGCACCCCUACCCCUGUCAUCUCCUGGACCGCUAACAACAGCCCCUAUCCAGUUUCCAGUGUGGACGAGGCAGGCAGAAGCUCCUUGGUAAUAGAGAAUGUGACCUUGAGGGAUGCAGGAACCUAUGUGUGCCUAGCAGAGAACAGUGUGGGCACCAUCAGAGCACUCUCAUUUGUCCGCAUCAGAGAACCACCGGUGUUGAAGGGAGAGGCCCACACCUCUCAGACUGUGGCCCAGAGUGGCACUGCCAUGCUGGACUGUCCUGUCCAUGGAGACCCCAGUCCGGUCCUCCGCUGGGUCCAUGACGGCAGACCCCUUCUCCGCUCCCUUCGCCUGCAACCUCUCCAUAAUGGCUCCUUGGCCAUCUACAGCAUCACGAGAGAAGAUGCAGGGGAGUACCAGUGUGUGGCUGAGAGUGAGGCUGGAGUCGCUGAGAGGACCAUUUCUCUCAAAGUACAGAUCAAUGGAGGUUACUCUAACUGGGAGGAUAGGGGCCCAUGCAGCACCACCUGUGGUCGAGGGAAUCAGGAGCGAAUCAGGUUAUGCAACAAUCCAGAGCCGGCCAAUGGGGGGAAAUCAUGUGACGCUCCCAGUAGGGACUCCAGGAGAUGUCAGACUGGACUCUGCCCAGGGGAGGCCCCUCGUAAGGCCAGAGGGAGUCUGAUAGGGGUGGUGAAUGAUAGGGAGUUUGGAGUGUCGUUCCUGGAGGCUAACAUCACAGAGAACCCAGAAGAGGGCACCAGCACCCUGCAGGCCCACCUGGACAACAUCCCUCCUAGUGUGGGUCCAUUGCUACGGGUGUUGGUGUCUGUGUUUGCUCCCAUCUACUGGACCACAGUGCUGCAGACUGGAGCAGCCAGGAAUGGCUACUCACUGACCCAGGGCCUGUUCAGACAGGAGUCACAGCUGGAGUUUGACACAGGAGAGGUCCUUCGGUUGACCCAUGUAGCCAGAGGUCUGGACUCAGAGGGGGCUCUCCUAAUAGACAUUGUUAUCAACGGCUUUGUCCCUCCGACAUUAUCAACCUCCCAUCUCAAUUUGCAGGAGUUUGAUGAGUCAUACGUGCAAACGGGACCAGGGCAGCUGUACUCAUGGUCGUCCCAGGCCCACCAGAGAACAGGUGGUCCCAUGGUGCUGCGCUGUAACCACUCCAUCAUCUACGAGGGCCGAGAGGAGCGUCAGGGGCCACUGCUGCAGCUCAUCAAGGUGUCCCAGAUGAAUGGCAUCUACAGCAUGUUCACUCUCAGUCUGGACUUCCAGAUCACAGCCUCCCUACUCCUACCUGAUGAGGAUGAAUGUGCUGCCGAGUCGCCUUGCUCUCAUUCCUGCAACAAUGUGAUGGGUGGCUUCUCCUGUGCCUGUCCCUCUGGCUUCACCAUCUCCCCAGAAACCAACACAUGUCAAGAUAUUGAUGAAUGUGCCCAGGGCUCCCACAUGUGCCACUACAACCAGCAGUGUGUGAACACGGUUGGCACAUACCGCUGCCAGGCUAAAUGUGGCCCAGGGUUCAAGCCCAGCGCAAUGGGAACCAGCUGUGAAGAUGUGGAUGAGUGCCAGGAGUCGUCUCUCUCCCCGUGUCAGCAGCAGUGUCUGAACACCCUGGGCUCCUUCCGCUGUGUCUGCAACCCUGGCUACCAGCUGUCUGGCCAGCGCUGUCUGGACAUCAACGAGUGCAGCAGGAAUGUGUGCCCAGCUCACCAGCAGUGCCGCAACACAGAGGGAGGCUACCAGUGUUUCGACAGCUGCCCAGCUGGCAUGAGAAUGGGAGAGAAUGGGGCCUGCGUGGAUGUGGACGAAUGCCAGGAUGGAAGCCACUUGUGCCGUUACAGCCAGAUGUGUCAGAACACCAUGGGAGGGUACGGCUGUGUCUGCCCCAGAGGUUAUCAGUCCCAGGGGGUGGGCCGUCCAUGCCUGGACAUUGAUGAGUGCCUACAGACGCCAAGCACCUGUGCCCACCAGUGCCGUAACGUGCCAGGCAGCUUCCGGUGCCUCUGCCCACCAGGCACUGUGUUAACGGGGGAUGGGCGCUCUUGUGCUGGUCUAGAGAGAGGACAGGUCUUCUCCAACGGUAGCCGCGUCAGGGCAAGACUGCGCCCACAGCUGGUGUCAUCGCUGGAUGUGGAUGAGUGCUUGCUGAGGAACCCAUGCCAACAUGAGUGCCGGAACACAUUAGGCAGUUUCCAGUGCCUCUGUCCUACAGGCUACCAGCUGUUACCCAACGGCAGGAGCUGCACAGACAUUGAUGAGUGUGCAGUACAAGGCAUCCAGUGUGGACACAACCAGAUGUGCUUCAACACUCGUGGAGGAUAUCAGUGUUUGGACACGCCCUGCCCUGCAACCUAUCAGAAAGGAGGAAGCCCAGGGACGUGCUACAGACCCUGCUCUCGGGACUGUGGCUCUGGGGGUUCCCCUCUGCUACUGCAGUACAAGCUUUUGACCCUUCCCCUGGGCAUCCCAGCCAAUCACAACGUGGUGCGCCUGUCUGCCUUCUCAGAGGGGGGGGUGUUGCAGGAGAUAACAUCCUUCACCAUUCUGGAGCAGGGCAAUGAGGGGGGUCCAGGGGUGGGGGCAGGGGGCCAGAUGUUUGGCAUCAGGGACGAGGCAGGCAGGGGCAUCAUCUUCACUCUGCGGCCCCUGCAGAGGUCAGGUCUGGUGCGUCUGGGGGUGCAGGCCACCACUCUCUCAACACAGGGCCGCAUCACAUACCAGAGCAUCUUCAUCAUCUACAUCUCCAUCUCUAGAUACCCCUACUGA